UUUUGUCGUUUUUGAUGUCCUUUCUAGAUUCUUUUUUACUUUUUGGUGCUUCCAUGGGGGCUCAGCUUUCCCAUCAGUACUAUGAAAGUUUUGGAAAUGAAGAUGUGGGGUCUUCAACUGGAGAUUUAAGUUUUUUUCCCCUCUGAUUUCAGUCUGUUUCUCAUGGUGUUCUCAGCACACCGCUUCCAUCCAUUCUGUUUUAUUUCAGGUUUUGUAUAAUUCUUCCACCCCCUCCAUGAAACGACAGAGUUGUAAAACCUACUCUGUGAAUCUUUACCGUGAGAAUUCCACUAUAGGAACCCAGUGUUACAGAAACUGGACUUAAACUGGGGUUUAAAUCUUUGCUGACAUGGCAGAGCAGUUAAAUGUGUUGUCUUCAUAACUGGCCAAGGUUCAGGAAUAAAUCCUUGAGUGCUUUGUGCUUGAUUUCUGUUCCUUUUUUUCUAUUAUGAACUCUGAAACCUCAGCCUGGACCUAAGAAAACUUAGUUGACAGUCAUACUUACUACCUAAAGCUGAUGUCCCAUAUUGUUAACAAACUUUUAUAAACAGAGAGGGGUUCAAGAGGGAAGCAGGCUGAUGCAGUUAUCAUAUUUACAAAGUAAUCACAAGCAGUGGGCAAACCCUCAAGAGUGAAUGAUAUAAUACAGGUUGAAAAUGAAAAUGCUGAGUUUCUUUUUUCACCUAAACUGGUGAAUGCCUGUGUUGAUCACAAUGGAGAACUUUAAAGUAUUGAAAGCUCAGGCAUGUGUUCAGUCUAUUUUAACUCAAGCAUGUGCUUCUCUUGUGUUCUAGAAGACUGAUGCCUGUUUCCUCUUUCUCAGUGUGGGAUUCCUGUUUACAUGCAUUAUUGUAUGGUACUUAUUGUCAGGGUUGUUUUUGUCUUGGAUUUUCCAGCUUCCUUUAAAAGUGUUGGUACUUGACAUUUCCAUAGUUUUGAAGGUAAACAAAACCAUGUGGUAAAAUUUCUGCUGUGUGUGUGAUAAGUUGAACUAUUGUUGUCUGAGGUCAUUAGAAGUGAGUGCUUUAAGAUUUUUUUUUAACUCUUUGAAUGCAAAUAAUAAAUGAUUGACUAGUUCUGUUUCUUCUACAUCAGAAUGCAGGUAACUAUGAAAAUCACUUGGCAGUGUCUAAUCACCACGCGCCUCUUGAUGUUUCCCAAAUCGAUGCUUCUUCUUCAUGCAUUCAGGCAGCCCAUCCAAUCCAGUCUUCCUGCCACACUUUCUUCCCUACAUGCAGCUUGGUUCUUCUUACCACCUUGGCGAGGUUGUGGAGGCAUCUUCGUUAAGCUGGGGGACCAGGAUCAAAGGUUUUGCUGCGUGUUUUGUUGCAGGAAUUGUCUGCUCACUGCUGGGUACUUUUCUGCUCUGGGUGCCGAAGAAGGGACUCUACCUCUUUGCAGUGUUUUAUACCUUUGGUAACAUCGCAUCAAUUGGGAGUACUGUCUUCCUCAUGGGACCAAUGAAACAGCUGAAGCGAAUGUUUGAGCCGACACGUUUGAUUGCAACUAUCCUGGUGCUGUUGUGCUUUACACUUACCCUGUGUGCGGCCUUUUGGUGGCAUAACAGGGGACUUGCUCUGAUCUUCUGCAUUUUGCAGUCUUUGGCCCUGACGUGGUACAGCCUUUCCUACAUACCAUAUGCAAGGGAUGCUGUGAAGAAGUGUUUUGCUACAUGUCUUGCCUAACACAAAGCCAGUUUGGCAAAGCUUUGGAAGGCACUACAGAUGGAAGCCAAUGGACACUUGUGUAAAUAUCUCCCAACCCUGUUUUGCAGACUUGUGCCUUUUAUCUUGCAGCAACGUGUUGCUUGCCAUCUGAACAUUUGAGGGUUGCUUUUGGAGGCCACCACGUGCCCCUAAACCCAAAUGUCUGUCGCACAGUAAGAGCGGUGGGUUUUGUAUCUCACAGAGUAGAAUCUUCCUCCCUCAUCUGUUUCCUCUUUGGAGAUAUUCCACUGAAUUCUCAUAAAUAAAAACCUUACUAAGCAGCAGUAGAUAAGCCUUGGGCGCCAGUGAUUCCCCGGUAGCCUCAGGCAGCCUCACUGGAGAUAGCAGGAGCACAACAGUAAGGGACAGCAUUUCGGUGUCCACAGAGACACUUAGGUUCGCCCUGCAGCCUCAGGACCUUCACCCCUGCCCCAUAGCAUGGACUUGCCUCUGCUGUGCCGCCUGGAACACACCACGCACCCUCCUGCCAGCUGCCUGCAGGGCCCACGAGUGAAGUGAGGAAGGAGAGCUUUUUGGUGAUGAGUGUUGUUUUUCAAUCUGAGCCUCUGCACUCUUGCUGUAGACUCCACCCUGGCUGGAAUGUGUUCACCACAUUCAUUGCACACUCUUCUUGAGUCCGUCUGUCUGUCUCCCUCUCACCAUAUAACUUUAUGCCUGAUUUCCUGGAGCUAGAUUAGAGAAACCUAGCAGCAGCCGCAGCAGCAGGAAACACCGCUAUUUCUUUUGGGACAGGAGCCCAAAGGAGGUGAAAACUUCGGCUGCUCUCAGCUCGUGUGUGUGUGUGUGUGUGUAUCUUUGUGUUUUCAUUAUUUAUAAAUGUUUGCUUUUAAGCCAGUUAAUACUUUCCGCUCUCCCCUGGAGUAGGGCCAUGGGAGAGUUGGUGGGAAGACAGAGCCCUACUGUAGUGCCAGCAGGAAGUGGGCACGCCUGCCAGUGACCUUUAAACAGUCUGGCCUGUGCACUUGAGCAGCGCUGCAGACACUGGGGAGCACAUGGACCAGCAGGCCAGGCACAGCUCAGCCUGCUGCCUGGGCACAUACAAAGUGCUGUUAUGCCCCAAUCUUGGCUGAUCCCCACAAAAGCCUCAUGACAAAGCAGGGAUUGUAUCCCACUCUGUGACCCAGGGAAUCAAGGACCAGGGAGGUCCUAGACCCAUCUGAAGCUACAGUUAGUGACAGAACUGAGCUCUAAGUUUGGGUGUGCUGGCUUUAGACUCCUUCACAACUCCGUGUUCCUGAUGUGGCUCUGGAGGGCACCUCGGUAACUGUCUCCCCUGUUUUCAUCACCAAGCCUGCGCCUUUUCUGUUCCCAAGUGUCAUUAUGCCACCGCACUGCCUUUUCCCCACUUCCCCUCAGAUGCUUCCUCUUGAAUUGGAGGAUGUCCAUCAUUCCUUUGUGUUCCUAUUUAGCUUUGCCUUGUUGACCUUUCUUUGUAAGAGUCCUGUCCUGAUUACUAGAAUUUUUAGCAAUCCAGGACCUCAGUGUCACCCUACAGAUGAAGUCCUUGUGGGUUUGCGUUUUUCCUCCUUACCAGGUCUAGCUGGUCUCUGCCGUGUCUCCUGGGAACCUCUAAGCUCUGUUGCCUCCCUCUAGUCUCUGUGGCUGCUUGCUGAACUUGCCUUUCUCCUGCUCUGCUUGAGACUUCGUGCUGGCUGGGCUUUUAUUUUGACCUGAAGAGAGAGAAACAGGCCUUAUAGGCCCUGAGUGAGGAACCCAGCCUCAUGAGACCAUUGCUGGGCUGCUGAGGGCACUCUGUCUUAGACCGAGGUCCGUAGCCUGUGUUCAGCCAGGAAGGGAAAUUCUGUGCUACCUUCUGGGUUUUAUGUUUUUUUUGUUUUGUUUUUUCUUCUCACAUCCCAGGUACUUUUGGGAAAUAGGUCAGAGCUCAGAAGUGUGCUCUGGUAGAGAAGGGGCCUGAAGGGGUGCUCAUAGAAUGGCAGUGAAUGUGGGUUUUGAGGUCAAACAGCUGGAUGUGAAGUAUGGCUCCAUCACAUAGUGGGGUCAGGGUGAGCAAGUCCCUUAACUGCUGCGUCUUCAUUUUGCUCACCUGCUUAGAAGUAACAGGGAUCAUAUUUUCUUCUGGAUAUGUGCAAGGUGUCAAUGAGGUGGUGUGAGGUGCUGUGCUUGGGGCCCAGCUUAGGUAAAUGAUAGCAAAAUCCCAGGAAUAGCCAUAACCUUGGAGGUGACGGAAUGAAUGCUCUCACCAUUGAUACACCUAGUGCAGUGUGUUCAGCACUGUAUACAGUGCCAUGAAUGAUUUCAUUUAAUGUUCUUCAUAACUUUGCCAGUCCUCUGGCCUUCCCUUCCUCAGAAAGGACUAAGGGAUUGGUGCCAGAUCUCACCAGUAGAGGGCAGUGCUUCUUGCAUAAAAACUCCUGCUUUGCCCUAAUUCCUGGGGCCUGUGACCACUUUGCUUAGACUUCCGUCAGAACACUAACAAUUUUUGGACAAGCCUGCCUUGCUGCAUUUUCUAGGUCCUAGAUGUUUAAUUCAGACUUCUGUCCUAUCGUUGUUUCCCUACUUGUUUUUGUUGGCUGCACUAUGGGAGGAAGAAAUCCUUUUCACAUUUGCUGAAAGCUGUUACCAAGCAACCAUGCUGAUUCAGUGCUACCUAGAGGAGCAGAGAAUUCUGGUUCUAGACCCUGUGACCAGUCAGGAUCCCUAUUUUCCUGCUCCCUGCCUUCAUCUCAUCUUGUCCAUUGCUGGGUGGACAGAACAUUGCCUUCUGGGGAGUGAAAAGAAGCAUAGUGACAACUUUAGCACACAUGAAAUGCGCUCACCCAGGUUUGGGCUUCCGUCUGGAAGCCCUAGCUGGGAUGCUCUGGCCUGUGCCUGUUGGCACUGUGGCCACUGACCUGGGCACAGCAGCCCUUCCUCUCACCACUCACUCACCCCAUUUCCCAGCGCCUUAGAGGUGCUGCGUUAGUUCUGAAUGGGCCUGUUCCCACCUCUUGAUGAAUGUUCUUGGUAGAGCCUGUGUUUGCCCAGCUCCUCCAUGUGGCUUUGCCCAGACUGUGAUCUCAAGAUUACAGAUGGACCAUCACGUCCCUGGUAGGCGAGUCACUCUCCCAUGGAGCAUUUUUGUAACUGGCUCCAGCCUGAAAGAGCAGGCCCUUUACCUCUAGGGAGAGCAUUCACCAGAGAGUACUAGGUGUGACUGAACAAGCCAGGCUUUAUUAGACACUUGCAGGAGGGACUCUGGAAAAGGAAAUUUUAGCCUGGCUCUUGAAAGGCAGUGAGGAGGAGAUAUUUCGUGGGUAGGUCCAUGAGGUGGGGCAGAGGAGAGCAGCAACUUGGCUUGCUCUGGGUUGCGCAAUGCCUGAGCCUGUGGGCUCUUGACCUGCUCCCUCUGGGCAGUUGUGAGAUAAUCACUGGUCACCUCUAGCUGGCUAGCUGGCAAGGCCCCUCAUAGUGUGGGGCCGAACUGACAGGGCUUGGCAACCCCUCAUUUACUCGACCUGUUCAAAUAAGCUUCAGGACAACUCAUCCUACUGACUUGAAAUUCCUUUUACCUAGUUUGCCUCAUUUUCACUGGGCCAGUUAGCUCAGUGCUUGGAGCUUCUGUCUAUCACUGUUGUAUCUGACUUGGUGGAUCAUGUGUCUGAGAGCAACAUUCCUUACUCUAAUAAGGUGCAGAAGUAAACUCAUGAAUGUUUCUAAAUAAAAUGACUUUUGGCUAUUUCCAUUGGAAAAGAUAAUUAAGAAGUGGGCCAUACCCUUGAAAAAGACUUGGGGGACACUGCUUUGGAUGUUUAAGCUCUUGCUAGCUCACCAGAUGUGAAAUGAGGAUGAGACCUUGUGGGAUGAAUUGGGAAGUUGAAAUACAGUCCCUUUUCUUCUCUUUCCUCACAUAACUUGUAACUCAACUCAGCUACAGGAUCACAAAUACUUCAACAUUCACAACUUGUCCUUAAACCACAUUGCAGCAAAUGAAUAAAAAAAAAUAAAUCAGUGUUUAAGUUUUUAAAGCCAUUUUGCUAAUCUUUGAUGUAGUUUUUUUUUUUUAAAUUUCAGCGUUUUUUAGAUUUUUUAAGGCAUGUGAUAGUUCCUUACACAUAGUGUUUUUACAAUAGCAAAUAGAUCUUCAGCUGACUUUAAGUACAGAUUUGCACCUAUAUAAUCCUUGAUCAGAUGUAGCAAAGGAAUAUUGAAAAAUUUUAAAAAAUCCUUGUUUAAAAAGAGGUUAAGUGAUAUGACUUUAAAAUGCCCUCUAAUUCAUAAUUUCAUCAAAUUCUGAGAUCUUGGGGGUUUUUAGUUGAGCAAAGAGGGGAAUGCUGUAUUGUGUAUCAGCUCGUUCAUGCUUGGCUAUUCAGUGCCAUAUUCUGGUUAUUUCUGGUUUUGCUGUAAAUGCAUAGAUGACACUCUCAUCUCCCUGAUGUCCUUCAGCUUUGCUCUUGGUGCUCAGGUGCUUGUAACUUGCCCCCCUGACCCCCCAAAAUAAACAUUGCAGAAUUCUCCCUCCGCAUCUUUUGAUGGAGCCCAGGGAAUUGACCUGGAACAGCAGAGCCUGUAUUAAUGCAAAUUGACAACAUAAAAUUACACCCUUUCUAGCAGGGGCUGAUACACUGCUUAGGCAUGUGUGAAACAUUUCCUCUAGACGGUAUGAGCUGAAACCAGGGACGAGAGUUUACAAAACAGGAGAAAUGUGACUAAAAUGAAAGAUCGAUCUACAGUAUUACAAUGAACAACACUGGUAGAGAUACCGUGACAACACACUGUCAUUGUGUUAAUAAGUAGUGUACCCCCCAAAAAUGUAGGUCAUGGACAACUGUUCUCUGAUAUAAAUACAUGCCUAGACUAAAUGUCCUUGCGAGGCAUCUUUUAGGGCCUGAUUGAGACUAAUCUCGGGGUACAGAUUGCUCUUUGCUUAAUGAUCUGAGAGGGGAGGUAUUAGAUUUUGUUCUGGGUAAGGAACCUUGCAUUUGUGUAAUAAAUCCUACAGUGAACCAUUGUUUAUAUUCAGUCAUAUGCUGUUUCUGAACAUAGUUUAUUUUGCAUUUUCAAUUUGUUUGCUUGAUUGUCACUUUGAACAAGAAAAGAAAAAAAAAGACUGCACUCUCACCUUUUGUUGUUUCUGUAAAUUCUGAUUGUGAAGUUAGGGUGAGAAUAUGUAGAAGCCUGUGGGGAAUCCAUCUGCCUUGAGAACAUUGUGCCUGUUCUAAGAUGAAGAGCUUUUAAGACUCUUUGUUAAAACAUAGAUCAAUUUUUAUAACUGUAUAGAUACUUGGCUGGUUUUGAAUGCUGCUGAUUGCAUAACUGAAUUUUUUAUAUCCAAAAAUAUAUUCUUGUGUGUUUCUUUUCCUAUCUUGAGAUACUAUUUCAUGCAAUAAAUACUGUAUACAUUUUACUAAUUCAUUUCUAAGGGAAAGAAUUUUGCUGUUAAUAAACUGGUCUUUUUCCC